AUGUCGGCCUUUCAGGCUCGUGCUGCGGUGAGUUUUCUGAGUUUAUUUCCGAGUUUGAGGCUCUUAAAACGUAUUUUUGUUGUUGGUAGAGUAGCUCGCUAGCUCUGUUAGCUAACCUUACAGCCCUGUGCUCGGUGUUCUGCUCUUUAAUCACAUAAAAUAACAAUAAAAAUGAUCAUUAAUAACUUUAUUUUACAGAUGUUAAAGUCCUGAACAUGUGGUUUUAUCUUCUGUUCUGUCUUUAUCCUUUUUCAGCAGGUUUCAGCUGCGGAGAAUCCGGUAAAAAUGCUUAAAAACACGAAAACUACAGCUGCAGGUCCGAGGAAGGCGGUUCUGGGAGACAUCACCAACUGUGGUUCUGUCCACACCAACACUAAGGUGACCCAAAGACUCUCAGAACCUCCUGAAUUUUGAUUUUUUAAAGAGUUUUUCUGAUAAUUUUACUCUAAAACAUGUUUAUGAUGAACUUUAGAGACUCUAAACCUCAGAAUUAGAGCUUCACGUCUUUCUGGUUGAAUAAAUUAAUAUGUGGUUUUUAUAAAUUUAAUUUAACGACAGUUUUAUUAAAGUUACACUGGAGCUGAUAUUUGAUCUUGGACAUCCAACAGAAACUGUUUUAUGAUUUAAAAUAUUUAAUGUCAAAAGUUCUGCUGAAUAUCCUGACAUAUUUGUUAGAGAAGUAUUUAUAUAUAAAAUAGUAUAAUACUAUAGUAUUUAUUUAUAAAAUAGUAUAAUACUAUAGUGUUUAUUUAUAAAAUAGUAUAAUAAUAUAGUAUUUAUUUAUAAAAUAGUAUAAUACUAUAGUGUUUAUUUAUAAAAUAGUAUAAUAAUAUAGUAUUUAUUUAUAAAAUAGUAUAAUACUAUAGUGUUUAUUUAUAAAAUAGUAUAAUAUAGUAUUUAUCUAUAAAAUAGUAUGAUACUGUAGUUUUUCUAUAAACAGCUGUAGAGGGUUGGAUGCUGAGGCAGCAGGUCUGAAUGAGGAAAAUAUAAAAAUGGAUUUUAAACCUGAUUUUAUUGUUGAAUUGAGAUUCUGUAAAGACUUAAAACUUUAAAACAUUUUAAAAACUUUGUUAACUGUGAGGCUGAAAAUCAGAAACAUUAAAAAAUGUCAAGAAAGAAGAACCUUUAUUAAUAAUAAUGAUAAUAAAGCUGUUUUCUGCAGCGCCCCCUGCAGUCUUUAUCGACACACUUUAGUUGAUGUGUUUUUAAUGAUUCUGUGUUUUUUAUAAACUGUCAGUUUUUUUGAGUUUCUGAAAUAAUGAAGAUUUUAGAGAAGAGUUUGUUUAGAUGUUCCUUAAAAACAUUUAAAAUAUAUUUUUAAAACUGUUUUAGUGAAAAACCUGCAGCUGCUUCCUCCGCCCUGGACCUCACAGGUCUUCUGUCUUUGGUUCCUCAGAAAACUCUCGGAGUCAAACCCUCUGCCAAACCGUCUGGUACCCAAAGGUCCAAACCCCCGUCGGUCCAGGAGGUCCCGGCUCCAGCGGUUCAGGUCCUGGCUCCUGCAGAGCCCCUCCCCUCAGUCUCAGAGGAGUCAGCUGACGUGUCCAUGAAGGAGGAGGAGCAGCUGUGUCAGGCCUUCUCUGAGGCGCUGCUCGCCGUGCAGGACGUGGACGAGGAGGACGCCGACCAGCCGCAGCUCUGCUCCGAAUACGUCAAAGAUAUCUACAAGUAUCUGCGCGUCCUGGAGGUGAUUUCUGCCGCCGCCGCCGGAUCAGGUGACCCGCUCUGACCCGGGUCCUCCUCUUUAAAGCGCGUCCGUCUGUCUGUCUGUUUCCUCAGGAGCAGCAGGUCGUCCGAGCGAACUACAUGCAGGGUUACGAGAUCACGGAGCGGAUGAGGGCUCUGCUGGUGGACUGGCUGGUCCAGGUCCACUCCAGGUUCCAGCUGCUGCAGGAGACUCUGUACCUCACUGUGGCCGUCCUGGACCGGUUCCUGCAGGUGAGGAGGACCGUCUCACCUGCUCUUCUUCUUCUUCUCUUUAUCAUCAGCUGAGUCUCUCUCUCUCUCCGCAGGUCCAGCCGGUCUCUCCCAGGAAGCUGCAGCUGGUCGGGGUCACCGCCAUGCUGGUGGCGUGUAAAUACGAGGAGAUGUACGCUCCAGAGGUGGGAGACUUCGCCUACAUCACAGACAACGCCUUCACCAAGUCUCAGAUCCUGGAGAUGGAGCAGCUGCUUCUGAGGAGCCUCAACUUCCAGCUCGGCCGUCCUCUUCCUCUGCACUUCCUCCGACGGGCGUCAAAGGUGGCGAAUGUGAGUGUCCCCGAGACGGUUUCCUGUCAGACUUUGUGAGAGCAGUUAACAGCUUUAAAGUCCUUCAGACCGAUCGGUUCGACCCAAACGGAUCGGUCAAAGUUCUGCUGUUUUUCAGAGGGACUGUCUGUGUGUUUGUGUGUCAGUCUGAUGUAGAGCGCCACACUCUGGCCAAAUACCUGAUGGAGCUGACCCUCGUCGACUACCACAUGGUUAACUAUCGACCCUCGGAGAUCGCCGCAGCUGCCCUCUGUCUGUCCCAGCGUCUGCUGGACGGUCUCUCCUGGGUGAGUGAAACCAAAACCACUUCAGAGUCUUUGUUCUUGUUGAAGGUCGACACGGCGGCUCCUCGCCGCGGCGUGUUUGAAACCUGAAAACCACAAUCUGAGUGUUUUAGGAAAACUGUGUUUCAGUCUCUCUCUGCAGAGGGUUAAUGUGUCUUUGUCCCCCUCUGACGUUCCUCUGAUGUUCUCCUGAUGUUCCUCUGAUGUUCUCCUGACGUUCCUCUGAUGUUCUCCUGAUGUUCCUCUGAUGUUCUCCCGACGUUCUCCUGACGUUCCUCUGAUGUUCUCCUGACGUUCUCCUGACGUUCCUCUGAUGUUUUCCUGACGUUCCUCUGACGUUCCUCUGAUGUUCCUCUGACGUUCCUCUGAUGUUCCUCUGACGUUCUCCUGACGUUCCUCUGAUGUUCUCCUGACGUUCCUCUGAUGUUCUCCUGAUGUUCCUCUGAUGUUCUCCUGACGUUCCUCUGAUGUUCUCCUGACGUUCCUCUGAUGUUCUCCUGACGUUCCUCUGAUGUUCCUCUGUUCUCCUGACGUUCCUCUGUGUUUCAGUCUCCCACUCAGCAGCAUUACUCCACGUAUGACGAGGUUCACCUGAAGCCCAUCAUGCAGCACAUGGCCAAGAACGUGGUGACGGUCAACGAGGGAAAAACCAAAUUCCAGGUCAGUAUAGAUCUAAAACAAACAGACUCAGUCAUCUUCUCUGAUUCUAACUCCAUCUUCAAACUUGUUGGUCUUCAGGCGGUGAGGAACAAAUACUCCAGCAGCAAACUGCUGAAGAUCAGCCUGAUCCCUCAGCUCAAGUCCUCCACGGUCCAGAACCUGGCGGCCGCUCUGCUCAGACCCUGA